AUGGCAGUUAUGCAUUUGGCACUUCUCUUGUCCCUAGCCUUUGGGCUUGAAUCUGUGGUCGCUAGUCCUUGCAAGCCACAAUCUUCCACUAUCGCGACUACUACUACUACCACAGAAACUCUGGGGCUAUCUUCAACAUGGGCGACAGAUACCACGAAAGCGACUGAGCAGUCAGACUCGACGACAACAACCUCUCUCGCGAUUUCAGAGUCCACUUUCUCUUCUAGCGUUAGCUCUUCAGCACUAUUAUCAGAUACGACGGCGUUGAGCGAGCAGAUGGAGUUAACAGGAACAACGACGAUUGCAAUCUCCGAGUCUACCUCUGUAGCUGAUCUUGGAUCUACGACCUUGGUCGCAUCGUCUGAUAUUUCUGUAACGACAUCAACUGAGGUCACCACUACAGUGGUGUCUGAGUCAUCUAUUUCAACAUCUGCUGAAUUGACGUCUUCGGUCGAUGCUUCAGUCACAACAUCAGCCGCCGCUUCAACAACCACAACGAUCGAGUCUACAACUGACUCCACGGUUUCUUUGACACAGAUCUCUACUGAUACAACACUGGAGGCAAGAACAACGACUACCACCGAAUCACCAACUUCCACAACAAUUGUUGACGAAGUCUCUACUUCAACUGCCAAGACAACAACCGCUCUCCUGCCCAUUCCGACUCUGUUCUCCUUAACUGUUCAAGGCGGCGCAGCAAAUGGCUUGGUUCUACAUACAAAUGGUCAACCAGAGUACUCUGUGAUGAUAGGUGCCUUCUUGACUUGGCCAACUGGUCAGUUUAAAUACGAAGAGGGCACUGGUCAUAUAUUAGUUGAUGGAAACCCUUUAUGCACUGUGUCCUAUCAGGGGAACUUCGACUUUGUUUCAGUGAUAGUUUGUCCUACUACUUUGUCAUUCUAUCACGCGCCCUUGGUCUGUGAUCGACCGACUGGCAGCAGCCUCAAGUGUAGCGUGGCUGCGAAGCUUUUCACCUGCAUCACGGACAACGGUGGAACCCGUACUUGCACGACUACAGAUGUCUCUUGGAGUAAUAUGUAUUCUGCGCCUUGGGUGAACGGAGUUUAUCAGCUCAGGUUUGCUGCUGCUGACUGGGCUCAUGAUAGUACGGUAAAUCCAAUUGGUCUACUGGUCUCGCCGUUCUAG